AUGUCGCCGUGGAGUCACUGCAUUGCCCUUUUGGUACUGUUACUACCAUUGUCCCACCAUCUACCGGUGGGUGGCGCGCAGCAAGCUGAUGAGCUGUUGCGGCGGUGCUACGACACAUGCGGCGGCGUUAAAGUUCCAUACCCCUUCUAUGUUACCCCUUCUGCCAAAUGCGGCCCUCCCCCAUCCCAAGCCUUCCGCCUUUCCUGCAAUGGAAGUGUCAAUUCUUCUUCCUCUGAUAUUUUCUUCCGGGGCUACCGCGUCCUCCGCUUCUUCCCCGACGGCCUCCUCCUGGAUUUCCCCAACUCCUCCGCCGUCUGCCGCCGCUACGCCGACCUCGCGUCCUUCGGAUUCGCCGCGAAUAACGACCACUACUUCGGCGUCUCCACUGACAACGUCUUCGACUUGUACGGCUGCGAGGAUUCUUCCAUCUGCAGAGCCGAUUGCGGCGGCAGUUUAAUGCCCCCCGCCGCAUGCGACGGCGGCGGCCGCCCUAGCUGCUGCUUCCCGCUGUCCGAUCGCGGCGGCGGGUGGACGGGUUUUUCCAUGUUUGGGCAGUUGGGUUGCAGGGGAUUUUCGUCGUGGGUGGUCUCCCCUGGCAGUGAGAGUGAGAGAGGGAUUAAAGUGGAAUGGGCGAUUCCUAGAAACUCUUCCGAACAGAUUUGUGCCCCUAACGCCAAAAUUAUCGCAGCCUCCUCUGUUAUCUCAGGGGUAAGAUGCCAAUGUGAAGAUGGAUUUGCAGGAGAUGGCUUUACUUCAGGAGUUGGUUGCCUCAAGUCGUGCUUCAAAGAAGGGAAGGAAGUAUAUGGUCAAGAUUGUUAUGCAAAACCACACAGACCAACCAAAACAAGAAUUUUAGUCGGAGUUGUUACUUCAACAUUAACCAUUGCCUCCCUGACUGCACUUUUUUGUCUUCUAAGACGCCCCGCCCUGAAAGAUGACACAUUUGACCCUGAACACAUCCACCAAACUCAGACCAACCUCUCCUUCCAAGACGCCUACACGACUCAUCAACUAUUCAAUUACAGCGAGCUAGAAGAGGCCACGGGGGGAUUCUCAGAUGCCCAAAUUCUAUGCCACGCCAACAAGGGCAAACUAUACGCCGGAACUCUCCUAAACGGCUCUCCAAUAGCCGUGCACAAGAUCCAAUGCCACGGCCAAACGGAUCUCCUCCAAACCUUAUCUGCAGCCGAGAGGGUCUCCGCCGUUUUACACCGCAACCUUGCCCGCCCCCUCGGCUGCUCCGUCGGCUCUGGCCACACCUUGUUGGUCGUCUACGGCGGCUCCGCCAAUGGAACCCUCAAGGAUCACUUGCGCCAUGGCCAAAGUGGAGCCCCGCACGAGAUCAAUAAGAUAGGCGGUCUCGACUGGUGCGACCGGCUGGGCAUUGUUGCGGAAACGGCGAGCGUUCUUGCUUUCCUGCAGUGCGAGAUUUCUCCGCCCAUCUUCCACCACGAUCUGCAGUCUGGGUAUAUCUUCUUGGACGACGAUUGGUCCGCCCAUGUCUCUGGGUUCGAGCUGGUAUCCGAUAUAGAUAGCCAGGCGGACGAGGAUGAUGACGAGAAGAUGAAGAAGCAGGCAAUGAGCGAUGUGUACAACCUAGGAUUGGUUCUGCUGGAGAUUAUCAUGGGCGAUCAUCGUCAUCAGCACGCAAAGCUAGCGCUGCAAAAGAUAAGGAGUGGGAAGCUGGAGGAGAUUGUGGAUGUGCAUCUUAAUUACCACGACCAGAUGCCUUCAAAGCAAGAGGAAAUAGAGAUUGUAGCAGACCUCGCAACCAGAUGCCUAUUGUUCAGCGGAGAUGGCAAGAUUCACAUGGCGGAUGUCGCGAGGGAGUUGCUUCACUUGACCAACAAAGACGCCAGUAGGCGCAAGCGAGGCCACUCUACAUCAGCAUUGGAAGAAACGUUUUCUAAUUCGAGCCUCCUUCAAAUGAUAUCAAUGUCCCCUGACUCCAUUUUUAUCCCUUCUGCAACUAGAGGAUUUUCAUAA